GCACACUCACUCACACUCAAUCAGAUGUGUGUGUGGCUUCCUGUGCUGUGGAUGGAGGGCCAGGGCUUGGGUUUCCGGUGGCUGAUGCUCUGCUCUCUCUCCCUGUGCUUUCUUUCCUCUCUCUCUCUAUCACAGAGCCUUUAAUAUAAUCUCAACCAGGGAAGGAGCAGGAGGAGGAGGGGAGCUUUCCAGCACACAGAGACAUUGUUAUUCAAGGAGGAGCAACACAGAGAGGGGGAGCCUCCAGGGCCGGGGGGUGCCUGACACUUUCCCCUUUCCUAUUAGACACAACAACGCUCCUUCUGGAGUAGCCUAAACAAUCCCGGGCUCACCAUCACACAUACCCUCGCAAUCUAAUAUUACGCAGAGAUCACGGGCUCCUCCUCCUCCUCCUCCUCCUCCCAGCCAUUCAUCUAUCCCAUAACACACACAGGGCGCUUUGCAUUCCUAUGGAAGGAGACGUGCAGAUGGAUAAAUGGAUGGUUUUGCGGUUAAGGUUGUGGUUUAUACCUGAAGAAAUCCAACUCCAAUUGUCCAGCCUGUGUUAGACUUCCUAAGUGUGAUCUGGAACAAGGGUACUGAGGCUGUACCAUGGAGGACUGCCUUCACACUUCUUCUGAAAACCUCUCCAAACUGGUCAGUUGGGCUCACAGCCAUGGCACCAUCUGCAGCCUCAUCCCGAAUCUGAAGCACCUUCUCUCGGAGGGCUCCCAUGGCAACCUGACAGCCAUGUGGGGCUGUAGUGCAGGCCAUGCCUACCAUUGGCCUCUGACGGCAACAUGUAGAGCUGGCUCUCAAGAAAGAGUUUGCUUCCAAGAUAGCAGGAGCUUCAAUUCGGACAGCCCCAGUAUUAUAGGUGUUACUUCAGACACUCAAGCCAGCCCCGUGGAGAGAUAUUCCGGGAGGGCCGGAAAAACAAAGCUGGACUGCAACCGAACCAGAGACUCCUGCGAUUUCUCCUAUUGUAGUGAACCUUCUGAACUUGAUGAAGCAGUUGAGGAAUACGAAGAUGAAGCCACUCUUUUUGACAUGGUUUGUGAGUCCUCGGUGACAGACGAAGACAGUGAUUUUGAAACUCACCCUCAAAGAUCUCAGACGCAUUCCCGCAAAAGACCGGGCCCAGGUCCCUCUUCCUCAUUCCAUCCAGGCUCCCGCUCCCAGGCAAUCGGCACAGACGGCAAUGAUGUGCUGGUCAAAAAAAUCAAACAAGAACUCCCUGAGGAUUAUUACAUUGUGGCUAAUGCAGAAAUUACUGGUGGCAUUGAUGGGCCUGCGUUGUCUUUGACACAGAUGUCAAAACCGAAAGCUCAUCCGGGAGCCCCUUACCCCAUGGCAUCUAAGCCCAUCCCUCCGGCGUCAGUGUCACUCAGUGCUGAACUUGAGUUGCAAAGUGUCUGUGCUUCUUCACCCGUCACGUCAAGGGCGGUUGCUCAGAAGCCUCCCAAGGGACCUCUGGCGUCGCCCAGCAGAGGACCUGGCAACACGGCGGCAGUCAACCCACAGGUAGCCCUCCAGAUGCCCGCCAGCACUUCCAAUACUAACAAACCCAUAAGCAUUCCCUUAUCGGCCUUGCAGCUCCCUGGGCAAGAAGAGCAAGCAGCCUCAGAAGAGCUCUCCCAGCCCGUGCCAAAUCAAGAUCCCAGCGAUGUAGCAUUAUCGCCUUCGGUUAGCAUAGAGCCAGAGGUUAGCUCUAGCCAACAGCAGCCGAGCACAGCUCCCAUCAUGCCCACCGAGGCCAUGGCACAGACAAUACCAGACCAAGAUGAGAGAGCUGCAGAACUGAGCAGAGAGCAAAAUGAAAAAACUAUACGCAGUACCCAGACAGCGCUUCGUAACUUCAGGGAGUUCCUCAUUGCUAAGUAUCCUUCAGAAACCCGGGAGAUCUACGUCAUUCCUUGUAAAGAGCUAGAUGCUUACCUAGCAUCAUUCUUUGUUGAUGCCCGACAGAAGGAUGGUUCAGAAUAUGAGCCAAAUAGUUUGGCCAACUACCAAUGCGGGUUGGAAAGGUAUCUCAAGGAGCACAGAUAUGGAUACAGUAUUACCAGGGACAAAGAAUUCAAGAGGUCUCAAGAAGCACUAAAGCAGAAACAGAUGGAGCUGAGAUGCAAAGGGAAAGGCAACAAGCCACACAAGUCGAUGAAACUUACCUUUGCAGAUGAGCUUAUCCUACGCAAAAGAGGCCUGCUGAGCCGAUACAACCCCGAAGGGCUGCUAAACCUUGUCUGGCUUAAUAACACCAAGGCAUUUGGCCAUUGUACAGGCUUCCAUGGGUCGACCCUCAAAUGGGGGGAUAUACGGCUGCGGGUGACAGAAACUGGAUUGGAAUAUUUGGAAUGGAUGGGUCAAGACUGUGGUGAUGGGACUAACAAAACCAAGAGAGCGGGCACCGAUUCCAGGGUGUAUGCCACUCAUCAUGCCCCACAGACCUGCCCUGUCCAAGACUACAAGGAGUAUGCGCAGAGACGCCCCCCUGCCAUGCGUUAUGAGGAUGCCCCGUUCUACUUGUCCAUUAAGCCGGUGGUGAAUCUAGCCGCCCUUCAUUGGUACAAUUGUCAAGCCCUUGGUAAGAACAAGUUGGCCAAGAUGGUCAAGACUAUGUGUGAAAAGGGCAACAUCCCUGGUAGGAAGACCAACUUCAGCGUGUACCAGAGUUGUAGCACACUUUCUGAAGCUCAAAGCAACCAGUUGGUACUGAUCUGCAACAACCUAAGCCAACAGGCGGCUCAGUCAAUGGCGAGCCAUUCCAGCUCUGGCAACUUCAUAGUAACAGCCUCUUAUGACUCUUCUUCAGACACAGCUUGAAAAGAACAUUUUCUGAUUGAAGCAUUGGGCUGAUGCCCAUGUGUCAACUGUGACUCUGUUUCACCCUCCUGGCUCAUUUUCCCCUGAUGUCAAUUCACUUUAUUAAAACAAAUAAUAUAUAUAUAUUCUUUUUACAAAUAUGUGAAUAGUAAUAGUUUAGUAUAAUCUCUAUAGUAUUUAUAGUGCUACUAUUUAAAAAAACAAAACCUACUUAUGGGAUGCUAAUAUAAUGGGAAAUUUUCUUACUGGAAAUAGUUUUCAGGCAUAUAAGGGACAAAUCACAGUUUUUAGGCACAAUCCUCAUUACAAACACGAACCAGAGUGAAAUUACCCCAUAUGCUCAUGUAUAAGUCUGGAAAUGUAAGUCAAAAAUUAAUCCAGAACCUAGAUCAAGUUAUCCACAGGUCAACAUAAGUACUGUAGUUUGGACCUCAUUACAUUGAUGAGGUCGCGUAGGGUGAUUUGCCAGCCUCCGUGGUGAAUUGGCGGGACAGUGGAACAAUUUUGGUGCCCCGCCUCGCCCGCAGAGAUGUUUCCCCAUUAUACAUGGGAAAGCGUCGUUGGGCGGCUUCCCCCCGCAUUGACCCUGUUGUCCCCAGCAGAACAUAGGAAGCCUCCCGUGUUCUGGGCACAGUGUUGUAGGAUGCUUGUGCCCCAGUUAAUCGACAGAGCCCCACCAGAAGUGAGCAUGUGUCAUGUGAUGGGACGGUGUGGGCCUCCAUGGAUCAGCUGGUGGUGCAAAAAUUGGCUAUAGUAGGUUUCUGAAUGCCACCCAUUUACACAAAACUAUUAGUAACAACAGGCAGCGUUUCAUAAAAAGAAAAAGCAGUCUGUUUAGCAAGCCUUGCAAAUGCUGGUUUAUUAUCAGUAAAUGUUUGGUUUGUACACCAAUUUUAUAUAUCUAUAUACUGGCUCAUGAAAAAAAUUCUUGGGCCAAAAGGGGUCAUGGGUGGAAAAAGUGUAAGACCCCUUGAUUUAGAAGGAGUUUCACACAUGCUGCUCUGUGCUUCCCUCAAAACAUGAUGUAUUGUGAACUAUAUACUUUGACGUUAGUGCUGAGAAUGUUUCACUACAGUGUACACAACACGACAUUUCACAUCCUUUUUUCAGUUCAGGGACAUGGUAAUGGAACUGACUUAAAUUUCCAGUGCAGGCAUAUUUCUAAAGACAGAACAAUUAGUACAUAAAAAGUAACCACUGGAAACAAGUUUUGCAUGACCUCCAUGACAGUGGGUGGAAAAAGGUGUGCUGUGCACCACCAAUUCAUUGACACUGAGGUACUUCAGAAAACAAUGGCACUUGACUGUGUCCAAAGUGUAUCCCUUGUUACUCGAACAUAACUUUGAAAAAGAGUGAAAAUUCCCCACCGUGUUCUUAUACCUUUAGAACAGUGGUCCACAGCCUGUGGGUCCCCAGAUGUUUUGGCCUUCAACUCUCAGAAAUCCUAACAGCUGGUAAACGGUUGGUAAGCUGGGAGUUGCUGGCCAAAACACUUGGGCACCCACAGGUUGAGAUCCACUGCUUUAGAAAGUGUGUUAUUGAUUUAAAAUAACUCCUGCAUUUCUGGGGGAGGGACACAAUUAUUUAUAUGUUCUUGCAUAAAAUAUGUUUGUGUUUAGUCAGACUGAGCAGAAGGAGAAAAAGUGAGGUGAUGUUUACUUAAUAUUUUGCUUCUUGUAAUGGGAAAAAAGAAAUAUUGAUUGAUCAGCACAGUGAGAAAAAUGAGUGGUCUUUUAAAAAGAAGUAUAAUACUUAUUGUUAUGCAAAAAUAUUGAGGCAAAAAAGAAUCUGAUCUGGAGUAUGGUUGUGGGAGAGGGAUAAGGGAAUUGCCCCACACAUAAAAAUUCAGUUUUUCCAAAUGGAGUGUUCCUUUAAUCUCCAAAUUUCCAGCAUUGUAGUAAUUUAAAAUGCCACUUUUAAAUAUAGUAUAGGCACUCAAAGCAAGGAGGCAGUCAGAGGGCCCUUCCACACAGCCAUAUAACCCAGAAUAUCAAUACAGAAAAUCUGCUUUGAACUGGGUUAUCUGAGUCCACACUGUCAGGUGAUCCAGUUCAAUGUGGAUUAAGGCAAAGCAAAUAUAAGAGUUCUGAGCAUAUAUGGUUUUUAGUAUCUAAAUCCCUGCAGUGCUUGAAAUUUGGGGAUGGAAGGAACAUUUCCUUUUGGAGAUGCAGAAUUCUCACUUGGAGGGGCAAAUGUCCUUUCUUCGUCAUUUUAGUGCUCCAUCCCUGAAACUAAUCCCAGCAUUUCCAAAUUGAGCACUAGCAUUUUAGCACUUUCCAUUUUGUCAUUUAUUUGUUUUUUUUAAUGCUGUCAUAGACUGCACUAAACUGUAGUUGCUGUAUCAAUCAACCAGAUUUAAAAAAACCCGAUUUCAGUUAAUUGAAGAUUAGUGAAGACUGAGAACCUCAUCACAAAGGCCUAUGGAUUCACCAUGUAUUGUGGCAAAUGCGACCCCAUCCAACACAGUCUGUAACCCCACACCCUGGUUCGCUUUCUGACUGACCAGGAGUACCUCUGUUUUGUUUGGAUUUACUUGCAACUUAUUAGCUCUCAUCCAGUCCAUCACUGAUGGCUUUCAGAAUUUUGCAGUGGGGGUCUGCUUGUGGAAUUCCAUUUUUGUCCAGGACAUGCCAGUCAAUUCUCAACCUAGGACAUGAGUGCUGCUUUUUCUUUGGGAUUCCCAACAUCCUUUGUUGGUAGUUGGGGUUGGUUAGUCUUGUUUGGCUGAGACAUCAUGAUACAGCUCAGUGGUUCUCAAGGGAGCUGAUACCCCUUUAUAUAAAAAUGCUGUUCUCCACUGAAGUUUUUUCUUCUGUCUCCAAAUUUCUAGCAUUGGUGUAACUUACAUUUUUGACUGAUAAUUAGAGAUUAUGAUGCCAGAUUUCAUCAACUUUAUGACCAGCAUUAUCUACUCCCAGGGAACAAAAUAUGCUGGAACAAUCCCUGAUAACAUAUAAUUUGGCCUUCUCUGUGCUUCUUACUUUCCCCCUGUUCUAACUAAAGGCAACUUCUUAAAAAGUAUGACAUUUCAAUAGGGGAACAAUAUUUUGCUUAUAAAGAAUUUUUUUUUGUUGUGCCAAAAACUUUGAAAAAUAAUUUCUAUGCAUUGUGUAAUUCAGUGAUGUUCCUGUUUGAUAUGCAUGUUUUAUAGAUGCAUUUGUGAUGUUUGUAGUAUUGUUAACUAUUGCUGCUAUAAACAUUUAUUGUCAUUAAAUGGGGUUGGGGUGAGACAUGGGAUUGUUGACUGUGCAACCGUUCACGUGUGACAUUACUACUUGGGUCUUUGCUUUUUAAUUCAUUUAUUAUUUCGAGUCCCUACUCGUGCCUUCUGUAGAAGGAAAAUAAUAUGUUGAGGUGGACAAUUUAUGUUACGUUUUUGAGAUGUGCUGUUCUACACAUCCAGUUCAGAAAUAAUGAAUUUGAUAAUGCAA